AUGAGCGUUCAGCCUGAAGUGUCUUUACACACGCAAUAUGACAAGGAGAAGAAACAAAACACCGCUAUUGAGGUUGUGGAGUCUCUGUUGAGUAGCUUGGAGGAUGAAGCGCUUUUCAAGGAAGAAUCUCGACUCAGCCGAGGGUUGAAACAAAGACAUAUUCAAAUGCUUACCCUUGUGGGAGUGUUUGGUACCGGUCUUUUCUUGUCGAGUGGCUCAACUUUGUACUUGACAGGAAAUGUUGGAAUGUUCUUAUCUUACUUCAUCGUGGGUAUUCUUGUGGGGUUGAACCAAUUGGCAAACAUCGAAAUAUCUUGCCUCGCUCCUUUUACUGGUGCUAUUGUGAGACAAUCGGAACACUUUAUUGACGAAUCAUACGGAUUUGCCUUGGGCUGGAUCCAAGUUUACUCUAACGUGAUUCCUGUUGAACUUGCUGCUACAGCUGUGGUCAUGCAAUAUUGGAGUGACUUAAAUCCAGCUGUGUGGUUGACCGUUUUCAUGGUCAUUAUUGUUGCUUUCAACUCUUAUAGUAUUGGCUUCUAUGGUGAAGUGGAGUUUGUUUUUGGUGUUUUGAAGCUUCUCUUGAUAACAGGAUUGAUCUUAUUCUGCGCUAUCGUUGACUUAGGUGGAGCACAUAACAUAGAUAGAAUUGGAUUUCGCUAUUGGAAAGAGACUCCUUUUAAAGCGAAAUAUCUGGUGGGAUCACUUGGUAAGUUUUUGGCUUGGUGGAAGGCUGCUAACUCCACUAUCUAUGCGUUUGGGGGUAUCUCAGUUAUUUCCCUUUUCGGUGGUGAAACUCAAAACCCCAGAAGAGCUAUAUGUACUGCUGGUAAGAGAGUUUUCUAUCGUGUUUUCAGCUUGUAUAUGCUUACAGUGUUUGGCUUGACCUUAAUCUUAUCAUCAGAAGAUGCAGCCAUUGCUUCACCUACCGGAGAUGCUACUGGUUCUCCUUUCGUUAUUGCUAUCAAGAGAGUAGGUGUAAAGGGACUUCCAAGUGUUGUGAAUGCUUUGGUAUUGAGUUCAGCUUUCUCCGCAGCUAAUCUUGCCUUGGUCCAAUCUUCGAGAAAUUUGUUUGCGCUUGCUUCUAAGGGUCAGGCACCCAAGAUCUUCCUCAAAACCAACAAGAAAGGCUUGCCAUACUACGGUGUGAUAAUUUCGGGAAUUUUCAUGCCCUUGUCCUAUAUGAGUGCAAGUUCUGGGUCCGCAGAAGUAUUUAGUUGGUUUCAAAGUAUUACAUCAGCAAAUAUCCUUGUUGGUUGGAUAUCCAUCUCUCUUGCUCAUAUUGGAAUGCAGCGCGCAUUAAGAGCGCAAGGGUUCAGCCGUGAUGACUUGCCUUACAAGAUGCCUUUUGCACAUGUUGGUGCCUAUAUUCUGUUGCUCUUUUUCACACUCUUCUUAUUCACGAGUGGAUUUCCAAAUUUCAUGAAGGGAGGCUUUGUGAUUUCCAGUUUCUUCAGUUGUUACUUUACAAUUGCAUUUUUUGUCAUCUUGUUUGUUGCUUGGAAAUUAUUUAAGAGAACAAAGAUCAUCCCGCCCCAAGAUGUCGACUUGAAGAGUUUGUUCAGACAAAUUGAAGAGACUCCAGAACUUCCUGCUCAACCACUAACUGGAUGGAAAUGGCUUACUCUUCUUUGGUCGUGA